AUGGCUCUCCCAAUGUUCCCGAUUGACGAAUCGUACUUGAUUGCAGGAUGGCUCGAGUCCUUCCUUUGGGGACUAUUUACGCUGAUCUACGGAAUGUCCAUAUUCUCCGUAUACAAGAGGCGUCGGAAUGGUAUCAACAAAUUCACCACACUCACUAUCAGUGUCCUGUAUAUUCUCGCAACCGCGCACAUGUCUCUCGCUCUCGUUCGCUUGAUACAGGGAUUCAUACUCUAUCGGGACACAAUCGGUCCUGUCAUGUACUUCGCCAAUAUCUCCGUUCGUCUCAAUAUGGCCAAAGAUUACAUCUAUAUCACUAGCCUUGGUGUAGGCGACCUGGUCGUUGUUUGGCGUUUGUACACGGUGUGGGGCAAGAACCUUUGGGCCGUGCUCGUUCCCGGCUUAUUGAUUAUCGGUGAAUUCAUCGCUGGAUAUGGUUCUAUUUCUCAGUGGUUCCUCCCCCAUCCUGUACCCGAAACGAUGGUCAAGUGGGGCACAGCAAUGUUUGUGAUGUCUAUGUCCACAAAUAUUAUCGUGACGGCAGCCAUUGGAGGUCGUAUAUGGUGGGUAACACGACGCAACCGCACUGCCAUUGGAGUCUAUCAUCAGAACCGCUACACUCGCAUCAUCCUACUCAUCGUGGAGUCUGGCGCUGUCAUUGCUGCAGCAAAGCUCAUUGAGUUUACGCUCUUCCAACUCGCCCCUGUUGAUGGUUUAACGGGCUUGAACGCUAUGUAUAUUGUGUAUGAGAGCAUACCUCAGAUCACAGGACUUGCUCCGACCUGUAUCGUCUACGCCGUCAACAGUGGUUUCACAAGGCAAGAUGACUACUACGUCACAAACCAGAAGUCUACGAUCGCCUUCCGUGCGCCGUCGGCAGUGGCUACAACGAACUCCACCGCCUUCGAUGGUUCGAAUGCGUCUACACUUGCCCUCUCAUCUCUUGAGGGAGGGAAUGGACAACAUCUCAAGCGUGGCGGUUCAUCUGGUGGCUCCCUGGAAAAGAUGGAGUUUAGAUGCGACUAUCCGACCUCAGGCGAAAAGUUGGCGGCUGCAGUGUGA